UUUAUCAUGGCGUUUCUCACCAGUCGUGGUAUCAGAACGUUACUUCGUUUUACGGGGGCUCAUAUGAGGACAGCUUUGCGUGCAGACAACGUUAAGCCCGUGACAGCAUUGCAAGCACGUCUCUUAGCUGUGUUUACACGCUCAAAGCCGCACGUCAAUGUAGGAACAAUAGGUCAUGUCGAUCAUGGGAAGACUACUCUCACGUCUGCAAUAACAAAAGUCUUGGCUGAGCAGGACAGGGCAAAAUACAAGAAAUAUGGAGACAUUGACAAUGCACCCGAAGAGCGAAAACGAGGCAUCACGAUAUCAGCUGCUCAUGUUGAGUAUGAAACAGAGACCAGGCAUUAUGCCCACGUGGACUGUCCAGGACAUGCGGAUUAUAUCAAGAACAUGAUAACAGGAGCAGCUCAGAUGGAUGGUGCUGUGCUUGUGGUAGCAGCCACAGAUGGUGCCAUGCCGCAGACAAAGGAGCAUCUUCUUCUUGCCAAUCAGGUUGGUGUUCAAAACAUUGUUGUUUACUUGAACAAAGCUGAUGCUGUUGAUGACAAGGAGACUCUAGAACUGAUUGAACUGGAGAUGCAAGAGGUGUUGGAAACAUAUGGCUACAAUCCAGACAAAACACCUAUUAUUACUGGAUCCGCAUUGUGUGCUCUGGAGGAUCGUAAUCCUGAGCUGGGAAGGGACUCUGUUGUGAAACUUCUUGCUGCUAUUGAUGAGCAUAUUCCAGUUCCGUUGAGAGAUAUGGAGAAGCCAUUUUUAAUGCCAAUUGAAGAUACAUUUAGUAUUGCUGGUCGUGGUACAGUAGUGACUGGACGCAUUGAAAGAGGCAUAAUCAAGAAGGGAACAGAAGUUGAAAUUGUAGGAUUUCAUUCAGAUCUGAAGACAACGGUUACAGGUGUUGAAAUGUUUAAGAAAGAACUUCCGCAAGGUGAAGCGGGAGACAAUGUGGGACUCUUGCUUCGAUCAAUUCGUCGAGAGGAUGUCAAACGCGGUAUGGUGGUAUGUGCACCAUCUACUGUGAAGUCACACACCAGUUUUGAAGCUCAAGUAUAUGUUCUAAAGAAAGAAGAAGGAGGACGGCACACACCAUUUGUUAAUGAUUAUGCUCCAGUCAUGUUUGCUCGGACAGGCAGUGUAACAGUUUCUUGUCAACUUCCUGGUGAGAAAGAGAUGGUGAUGCCCGGUGAAGACACCCCAUUAUCUAUGACAUGCAGAGUUGGAUUUCCCGUAGAAAGUAGCCAGAGGUUUACACUUAGAGAUGGACAUCAGACAGUAGGAACUGGAGUAGUCACAAAAGUAAUUGCUUGAUUUUUGCUGCUUGAUAGUUAUAGUCUGUCAAUUUUCUGGUGGAUGAUAUCUUUACAUUUGGAGCUUGAAAGG